CGUGCUUACUCAUGAGAUCUGUCAAAAUUUUGCAGGAACACACAUGCGAAGCUGUUUACAAGUAGAUUCUCACGAAAAUUUUGUGUUUAUCAGCUUCCUUUCGUUCCCAAAUCUUCGGGCUCGCGCUCUGUAAAAUGCCUUUCGGUGCCGCGGGUAUUUCGUCGCGUCAGUGUUUGUGAUCUCGGCGUUCUGAGACUGGAGUGUUUUGCGUAACGCAAUGGGCGCUAAGGCUAGUACGGCCAACGGCGGCCAGAGCCCGCGGGCGCGAACUUUUUCCACGAGCUCGGGCUCGGACGUGGUGUCGGGCGGCGCGGGGUUCAGCCUGCUGCGCGCGAUCCCGGGCAUCCAGCUAUCGAGCGACCGCCAGCGCGCCCGCUCGCUGUCCUCGGUGCCGGACCUGCACGCGUCGCACGAGGCUAUCGCCAUUCCCGCCAACUCGCAGAGUUACGAGGCCUCCGCCGCCGCCAGCCCCGACACGGACUCGAGCUCCAACGAGGAGUCCGGCCCAGUGGCGGGCACGUCCCUAGCUCUCGGUAGAGUCUACGCCGCCCACUCCUUGCCUUCCCACAUCUGGUCACUAAACGGUAUAAAAUGUCCGGUGUGCAGCAAGUUCGUGCUGCCGGACGACAUCGAGUGCCAUCUCGUCAUGUGCCUCACGAGACCGCGCCUCUCCUAUAACGAGGACGUGCUGAGCGAGUGCAAGGGCGAGUGCGUGAUCUGCCUGGAGGAGCUGACGGCCGGCGACACCAUCGCUCGCCUGCCCUGCCUCUGCAUUUACCACAAAGGUUGCAUAGACCAGUGGUUCGAGGUGAAUCGGUCGUGCCCCGAGCACCCUGGCGACUAAUCGCCGCGACCUGUCGUGCCCCGCGCAACCCAGCGACUGGUCGCCACUAGUUGUCGCGCCCCGCGCAGCCCUGCGACUGGUCGCCAUAAGUUGUCGCGCAUCGCGCAGGUCUGCGACUGGUCGCCGCAAGUCGAUGCGCCCCGCCCGGCCCGGCGUCUGUCGCGGAGACUGUCGCGCGACCGGUCGCGCGCGCACAGACUGAUGUACAUACGUGCUAGUGAGAUGUUUUACGUUUAAUUAUAAAGACGAUUUGUAUUUAACGCUAAGGAGUCGCCCGCCAGGGUUGUAUCAUAUGUAUAGAGAAGUUUGGUUUGCUGUAAGUUAGGUUAUGUACGUUACAUAUCUGUUCCGUAGCUUAUGUAUAUUAUUUGAUCUUUUUCAUCUUGAUAAUAAUAAAGUUGAUUUGUUUCUAAAUUUUC